CUUAUCAAAAGCUCUUCAGUGAGUUAUCAGGUGCUUGGUAAUUGCUACUUCAUGAGGUCCAAAGCCCCAGAAGUACCGGUAUAACAAGGAAGCAUAACUUUAACAGGGAACAUUAGUUUGUAGGAGCCGAGAAGGCAAGCAUGCCAUUGAGGUUUGCCAGCUGAGCGUCUUCCCCCAGCAAGACUAACAUUGGGUUGGAAGCCAUGGCUGCAUUAGCAUCGGAACUGCGACCUCUGCACGCCGAGCAGGACAUCAGCGAGAAAUGGCUGCAGUCAAUGCUGAGGCUGAAGUUCGGGUGUCCGGUCCAGGUGCAUGCUUGGAGGUCGAGGACACCAAGAGGUCGGGAAGGGUUUCUCAGUGAAAUCGCCUUUGUCAGCCUCACCUAUUCCAAAGAUGGCGAAGAAGGAACAGUGGAUGCCUCUCUUGUUUUCAAGUUCUUGCCCCAAGAUCCUGAUUUGCGACAAUUUUUAGCCAAUGGUGGUUUAACGAAACGAGAAGUUGAAUUUUACAAUUUUGUGGGCAGUGAUAGCUUUCAGGAAAUUUGUAAAACAUGUGGUAUAGCUCUGCCAGUUCCCGAAACUUACUACGCGGGUUACACCGAGGAGGCCAUCACCAUCGUUCUCCACGACUUGAAUACAGACAAGUUCAAGAGCGUUAUAGUGAAAGAGGGAAGCACCUUGGAACAGACUAGGACCGCCCUGAAGGCUGUGGCUCUUGUCCAUGCGGCCGGCCUCUUGUAUAUCAAUCAACACGGCAAAGGCAAUAGCCUGAAAACUCUAGUAUCAGAGUUCAAGACCGAUUUCUACGAUCAGUUCUUCUUGCCCAAUCUCGACACGCUCUCCGAGAUGUACAAGGGAUCCUCUUUGUCUUCCACCAUGCUUUCUCUAAAACCAUUAACGCAGAAGAUGUACAAGGUCUCAGAGAAGCAACCCUUUGUUGAAACAAUAAUUCAUGGAGAUUUAUGGGCAGGCCAGCUUAUGUAUUCAGAAGACGAGUCUCGUGCUGUAAUAAUAGACUGGCAGUUCUGUCGCACCUCCAACCCUGUCACAGACAUUGUCUCGAUGUUUUUCAUGAGCAGCGAUCCCAGGGUCCUUCCCAGUUAUGAGGAGUUGCUGAGGGAUUACUGGGCAGUGUUCACGGACACCCUCAGGGCAGGCGGGGUCAGCACUCAACUGACUUUCGAGAAUUUGCUGUCGAGUGUCGAAGACUGCUGGAUCUUAGGCUUUCAGUUUUUAGCUGUAAGCAUUCACGAUUUUAUUGGUGGUGGAAAUAUUACCGACGAAAGAAUAUUUGGUGCGAUUGAUUUCCUGGAGAAGAGAGGAGUGUUUAAAAAGUUUAUUGAAGAAUUUAGUGGUUGAGUGCUUUAAUGAAAUAUAGAAAAGAUUUGCCAAGGUAAUCUUAUUAGUGAUAAAUAUUAAUUUGUUAAAAAUAUUUUUUAAUUUUCAAUAUUUGUAAUUUUGAAGAUUGGAUAUCCCAUUAGUUGCAAAUCUGUGACUUUGGAAAGGUAGCAAUCUGCAAAGUUUGUACUGGGAGUAUGUUGAAAUGUAUUGAUUGUAGGAUUUUAUUUUCUUAUUUUUUAGGUUAAUUGAUAUUUGAUUUCUUUUUCUUUCGUAUGUAAGAUGUAUUAUGUUCAUACCAUUAACAAAGACAUUGUAGACUUUCAGAGUUUUAGUACAUAAAUAAUUCAAUCUUAAAAAA